GUUGAAAUAUCGUUGUCAAGUGUGUCGACCACGCCCUCCCCGGAAAAGGAGGACAGGUUGAAGAUGGCGCUGUCCCUGAAGUCCGUUCUCCGCUCAGGAAGGAAUGCCGUGUCGGUUCUGCAGCGACAGUCCUUUCAUAGGAGUCUCCCGGCCGCGGUACAGGUGACUGUCCGUGAUGCGUUGAACCAGGCCAUGGACGAGGAACUAGAGAGGGAUGACCGGGUUUUCCUGUUGGGAGAGGAGGUGGCUCAGUACGACGGCGCCUACAAGGUGAGCAGAGGUCUGUGGAAGAAGUACGGAGACAAGCGCAUCAUUGACACUCCAAUUUCCGAGAUGGGCUUUACUGGUAUCGCUGUGGGAGCAGCCAUGGCCGGCCUGAGGCCCAUCUGUGAGUUCAUGACCUUCAACUUCUCCAUGCAAGCCAUCGAUCAGGUCAUCAACUCUGCAGCCAAGACGUACUACAUGUCGGCUGGCCUGCAGGCGGUGCCCAUCGUCUUCAGGGGCCCCAACGGGGCGUCAGCCGGCGUGGCUGCUCAGCACUCUCAGUGCUUCGCCGCCUGGUAUGCUCACUGUCCAGGUCUGAAAGUUGUUAGUCCCUGGAGCUCAGAAGACGCCAAAGGUCUCCUUAAGGCUGCGAUCAGAGACGACAACCCAGUGGUCUUUCUGGAGAAUGAGCUCCUGUACGGCGUUCCCUUCGAGAUGUCUGACGAGUCUCAGUCGAAAGACUUUGUCAUUCCCAUCGGCAAGGCCAAGAUUGAGAGACAAGGGACUCAUGUCACAUUGGUCUCUCACUCCCGCUUCGUCGGGCAUUGUCUGGAUGCCGCCGCUGUUCUCGCAAAGGAAGGAAUUGAGUGUGAGGUGAUCAACCUGCGUACUAUCCGUCCUAUGGAUGUGGAGAGCAUUGAGGCCAGCGUGAUGAAGACCAACCAUCUGGUGACCGUUGAAGGUGGAUGGCCACAAUUUGGUGUUGGAGCAGAGAUCUGUGCCAGGAUCAUGGAAGGUCCAGCCUUUAAUUACCUGGACGCUCCAGCCACCAGGGUGACGGGCGUUGACAUUCCCAUGCCGUACGCUAAGAUCCUGGAGGACAACAGCAUUCCACAGAUCAAAGACAUCAUCUUCUCAGUCAAAAAGACUUUGAAUAUCGCUUGACCGCACUGAAGAGCUGCUCAGGAAAAAAAAAAAAAAAAACGCUGAAUCCUCUUCACAGUAUGUGGUCGUCACACAGGUGUUGAAAAGUGAUAAAAUAUUAAAACUUUGUAAAUAAAGUUUAAGCUUUCCUUACAAAUGCGCCCGGACACUUGACGGAACACCAUCUUCACGGAGAUUCUCGGCUUGAGUCGUCACCUCUGCAACAAACCAAGUAAACUUCCUUGUCUUUAAAAUCAUUGUGACAGUCAAGCCACCAUUUUAGCCUUUUUUUUAAACGACCUUCCUUAAACGUUAACUUGAUACCCAUCCUACUCACUAAAUUAUAAACUGUUGGAUGGAGGUGAAAGGUCAGCAGCAGUAUUUAUUGUAGCCACAGUUCCUUUUUUAGAUGUUUUUUGUUGUUGUAAAUGACUGUUACGCAAAUAAAACACUUAGUCAUCCUCGCUGUUUUAAUUGCCAUUGGAUGAAGUAGAACACAGCAUCUAUGAUGCACCGGAGCAGCUCUUAGGCUUGAAAUAUUUUACUGAUGAUAUUUACAAGGUUGGCUUCAAUUUGAACUUAAAAGGCAAAAAAAAAAAGAUCUGUCCUUAAUAAUUAAAUAUAUAAAAUAGUACAUUUCAAAAUGUUCCAACCCUUUGAGAAACUAAAACUACAGUACUGUACUUGGAAGUCUUUGCGGAACUUAAAAUUAAA